AUUAAUGUCAGACGGCCGAUAUUUUCUUACCGGUCGAUAUUAAAUUUACACAUAUAAAAUAUUUUUUAUAGAGAGAGAGAUAAGGGGAGGGGUGGCUAGAGAGAGAAGUCUUAAGUUUCGGAGGGUGGAGAGGAACGCUUACAUUGUUUGAAAUUAUUGAAGGAUUACCAGCCUCCUUAUCUCUUCUUUACGGGCAUUGAUCUGAAGGCUGGUAAAAGAAUUUGAAAAGUGUCCCCUUCAUCUUAAGGGCUUUCCUUUCCCUUCCAGUUCUGAAGAUUUUCAAGAAUCUUGAAUAUAUUAAGAUCAAGAAGGGAAAGAAAGCAUUAUUGAUUAUUAUUGAAUUAUGAGUGCUGUUUCGGGUGUGAUCUCAAGGCAAGUCUUGCCGGUAUGUGGCAGUCUUUGUUUCUUUUGCCCAGCAAUGCGGGCUCGGUCUAGGCAGCCUGUGAAAAGGUACAAGAAGUUGAUCGCAGAAAUUUUUCCUCAAUCCCAGGAAGAAGAACCUAAUGAUCGAAAGAUGGGGAAAUUAUGUGAAUAUGCUGCAAGAAAUCCUUUGCGCAUCCCAAGGAUUACCAGUUUCCUUGAGCAAAGGUUCUACAAGGAAUUACGAAAUGGAAACUUUCGUUUGGCAAAAAUUGUUAUGUGUAUUUACAGGAAAUUGAUAGUUUCUUGCAAGGAGCAAAUGCCUUUGUUUGCAACUAGUCUGUUGAGCAUUAUGCAAAUUCUGCUCGAUCAGACAACCCAUGUUGAAAUGCUAAUGAUAGGAUGCCAGUCUAUCUUUGAUUUUGUAAAUAAUCAGACGGAUGGAACCUUUAUGUUUAACUUAGAAGGAUUUAUUCCAAAGCUCUGUCAAUUGGCUCAAGAAGAUGGAGGGCAUGAGAGAGAACAUCAUCUUCGUGCAGUUGCGCUACAAGCUCUAUCCUCUAUGGUUUGGUUCAUGGGGGAAAAUUCCCAUAUUCCAGUUGAAUUUGAUAAUAUUGUUUCUGUAGUCUUGGAAAAUUAUAGAGGUCCACUUAAGGAGUCCCAAGAUCCCAACCAAGACCAUUGGGUGCAAGAAGUUCGUAAAAUUGAGGGCCAUGUCUCUCCUUCACCAGAUGUCUUGAUGAAGGUUCCCUCUUGGAGGAUGAUCGUAAAUGAGAAAGGAGAACUCAAUAUGACAGCGGAAGAUGCCAAGAAUCCAUGCUUUUGGUCUAGGGUGUGUUUGCACAACAUGGCCAAGCUAGGGAAGGAGGCUACAACUAUGCGCCGGGUUUUGGAAUCUUUGUUCCGGUAUUUUGAUAAUGGAAAUCUAUGGUCUGUUGAACGGGGGAUUGCUUUUCCUGUCCUCAAAGAGAUGCAACUUUUGAUGGACGACUCAGGACAGAAUGCACAUUUUUUGUUGUCGAUAUUAGUCAAGCAUCUUGACCAUAGAAAUGUUCUUAAACGGCCUGAUAUGCAGCUUGACAUCGUUGAGGUUGCCACUUCCCUUGCUCAACUCACCAAGGUGCAGUCAUCAGCAUCUAUAGUCAGUACAGUGAGUGAUGUUAUGAGGCAUCUGCGUAAAAGCAUACAUUGUUGUCUUGACGAUUCAAAUCUGGGAGAGGAAUUAAUCAAAUGGAAUAGAAAAUUUUAUGAAGCCGUGGAUGAGUGUCUCACAGAAUUGUCAACUAAGGUUGGAGAUGCAGGAAUAAUCCUUGACGUAAUGGCCACAAUAUUAGAGAACAUCUCAAGCAUUAAUGUUAUAGCUAGAACAACUAUUUCUGCUGUUUACCGCACUGCUCAAAUUAUAGCUGCUAUCCCUAAUUUAUCAUAUCAAAACAGGGCUUUCCCAGAGGCUUUAUUUCAUCAGUUGCUUCCAGCUAUGAUCCAUCCAGAUCAUGAAACACGAGUUGGAGCUCACCGGAUUUUCUCUGUUGUCCUUGUGCCAUCUUCCAUUUGCCCUCAUUCGUGUUCAUCCUCAACCGACAGGAAGAAGACUACUGAUUUUCCAAGAACACUCUCAAAAACUGUUUCUGUAUUUUCUUCAUCGGCUGCCCUGUUUGAAAAACUGAGUGACCAGAAGAUUUCUUCAUGGGAAAACUUCAAUGAAUUGAACAACGAAAAAUCUUUAGGUGAGGGAGAACAAAGAAACAACCCUAGUGGAAUGUUGGAUAGAAUUAAGUCAACUUAUAGUCGAGCAUACAGCUUCAGAAGUUCACCAGCACCAGAUGUAGAUUCUGCAACCAAGUCAAGCAAAGAAAUGGAUGCCGUUGCUCUUAGGCUGAGCAGCCACCAAAUAAGCCUUCUGCUUUCUUCUAUAUGGGCGCAAUCCAUGUCUCCUUCAAACAUGCCUGAAAAUUAUGAAGCAAUCGCUAAUACAUACAGCUUGGUUUUGCUGUUCUCUCGAGCCAAGAACUCCUUCCGUGACGUUCUAAUAGAGAGUUUUCAGGUGGCAUUUUCAUUACGGAGUAUUUCUCUCUCAGAAAGAGUGCCACUGCCCCCAUCUCGCCGUAGAUCCCUUUUUGUGCUGUCGACUUCUAUGAUUAUAUUUUCAUCAAAGGCAUUCAACAUCCUUCCUCUUGUCCCACGUGUCAAGGCUGUACUUACAGAUAAAGUGGUCGAUCCAUUUUUGUGCUUGGUUAAAGAUUGUAAGUUGAAGAUUUCGGAUACAGGUUCUGUUCAUCCGAAAACUGUUUAUGGGUCAAAGGAUGAUGACAGUUCAGCUUUGAGAUGUCUUUCAGAAAUAAAGAUCACCCAGGAACAGACUACAGAAUGUCUUGUUUCUGUUAUUAUCAAUAAUCUGGAUAAUUUAACAAAUUCUGAAGAAUCUUCCAUCAGGGAGCAGUUGCUCAAAGAAUUUAUGCCUGAUGAAGAAUGCCUUCUGGGAUUCCAGGCAUUCAGAAACACCUCUAACCAUGCUCAUCCGAGGCAUACAACAAACGUUAAAUCUCUAAACAAGGUAACCUCAAUUUUGGAAAUAGAUGAUGAUUCUCUUCUGGAUCCAAAGUGUAGUGAAAAUAAUUCACAGUUGGACAUUGAAAUUCCCGACCUUUUGAGUGUUGAUAAACUUCUACAAUCUGUUCUGGAAACUGCACAUCAAGUCGGUAGAAUUUCUACAAGCAAUGCUCCUGAUGCAUCUUAUAAGGAAACAGCCCAUCAAUGCGAGGCACUUUUGAUGGGAAAGCAGCAGAAAAUGUCUUAUUUGAUAAGCGCCCAACAUACGCAAGGGAGUUUAUUGACCAUAUGUUCACGAAGUUCUGGCCAAUGGCUACCUUCGUUUGUCAUUGAUGAUGGCAGUUUCCAAAAGGUACCAAUUUUUUCUUUAUGAAUAUUACUGUCAUAUACUUGCUACUUUUGUGUUCCAUACAAACAACUCAAUGUGAUAUUAAUAAUUAUGUUCAGAGUUUAUAACUGUAGUAAAAAAAAAUCUGGAACAAAUAUUUCUUUAGCUCUAUGAUUUCUUAACCCAUUACAAAAUUUUUGAUAAUCAAUGAUAAAGUUUUACUAUUUAAUAAACUUGGAGUCAGCUAGCUUUAGGACUCAUUUAUUUGUUCCAAAAGAGAUUACUUUAGGUAGUUAGAUUCGAUUAUUAAAGAGGACUUGAAUAUGAUAUAAUAUAUAGGAUUAGAACAGGUUGGACAAUAUGGAGAAGUGUAGUAGGUAUUCUAGAGUUUAUGAUCUCUAUAAGUUUAAAGGGCAAGGUGUACAAAACAGUUAUUAAAUGGGUAAUUAUAUUCACACCAUAAUUUUCAUUAGUUGCACCACAUUUUAAUUUCACUUAAGGUCCUUAUUCUUUGCUCAUUGUAGCACUUAUGUACCUAACCUUUUUUAAUGUAUUUUUAUCUUCAACCUUCCAUUAAUACACAUCUCGUCUUUGAUAAUGGUUUCAUUCCAAAACGCUCAUUGGGAGGUUAUAAAAAGGGCUUAUUUAUCCAUCAUAUUUUUCGAAAAAUAAUAAGCACCUAUUUG